CGACACUGGCCCUUCCACAUCCUCUCAUCAGCGAUGUCAGGCGGCCACUCCACCUACAGCGGCGCGCUCUGGAACAUGGGCCGCAACGCGAUGCUCGGCACGGCCGAGUACCUCACCCCCGUCCUCACCACCUCCCAGUUCCUGGAGAAGGGUGUGUUGACUCCGGACGAGUUUGUUGAGGCCGGCGACCAGCUGGUGCUGCGCUGCCCGACGUGGUCCUGGCAGGCUGGCGAGCCGGACAAGGCGCGCCCGUUCCUCCCGCCGAACAAGCAGUACCUCGUCACGCGCAGCGUCCCGUGCCAGCGCCGCGCCGCCAGCCUCGCGUCGGGUGCGGACGCGGAGAUGCUGGUGGACGGCGACGAGGGGGAGGGGGACGAGGGCUGGUCGCUGACGCACGCGAACCACAAGGUCGAGCGGCAGGAGGAGGCGCCCGACAUGCUCGCCGACGCGGUCGCCCACAUGGACGUCGCGGGACCGUCGGGCGCGGCGGCGGGCGGCGGCAGCGAGGACGCGGGCGGCGCCGACGGCGCGGCGGGGGAGGCGGAGCUGGAGAUGGGAGGGAUGGUGGAGGCGGACGACCCUUCUGCGCUGGGCGGCGGCAGCGGCAUCGUCAAGACGCGGACGUACGACGUGACCAUCACCUACGACAAGUACUACCAGUCAGGGCGCGUCUGGCUGUACGGCUACUCGGAGUCGCGGCAGCCGCUCACGCAGGCGCAGCUGCUGGAGGACGUCUCCGCCGACCACGCCCUCAAGACAGUCACCCUCGAGUCGCACCCGCACAUCGCCGAGGGGGCAGGGCUGCACAUGAGCAUCCACCCAUGCAAGCACGCGUCGGUGAUGCACAAGCUUGUCGCCGAGCUGCAGUCCGCGGGGCGAGAGGCCAAGCCGCCGCAGUACCUCUUCCUCUUCCUCAAGUUCAUCUCCUCCGUCAUCCCUACCAUCGAGUACGACUACACCGUGGCGGUCGACGGGCUGUAG